UUUUGUAUUUUUCUGUCACUGACACAAAUUAUUCUUGGGUAAAACUGACACUGGUGUUACUGUUGCCUAAUCUCAGUCUCUAGCGACUCUAGAUCUAUCUUCUAAAGACCCUAACUUUUAGUACAGUAAAAAAAGCGGCAAUAUCGAUCGAAACAAAUAGAAAAUAGAUCUUAUCUAGAUAUAGAUCUAUUUAGACAUAUUGUUCUGUGUAUUUCAUUUGAGUUAGUCUACAUUUCAUUAUGAAAAACAAUAAAGAAACUGACGAAAUAAGUGACCUGUUUUCGAUAGAGUGGACUGUGAAGUGAAAGUAGAAUGCUGGAAAUGUUGAGUCACAGUCACUGUGUAUUGUUAGAUCUUUGUUGUCUGUCUUUUUCUGAAUUUCGUUUUAUACUUAGUGUAGUCAUCUGCUCAAGAUCUACUACAUCUAUGAUCUAGAUCUGUAUCAGUUUGGUUCUAACUGGAUAAAUAUCAUUUUAUAAAAUAAAUAUGUCAGAUGUAGUGGAAUCAUCAGACACAGUGCCAGCUUCACUGUCUUCUCUUCCAGUACCAACUUCAGAACCACCAUGCACUCCCACUGCUUUAAGUUCAAGCACUUCAUCCACAAGUCCAGGUCACAUGACCAUGUCACUAGCAAGUCCCCGUUUUGUACACCCUAGAUUUCCUGUCAGAGUGGGAAUAUCUUGGGUAAAAGGAGAAAAAUUGGAAGCUAUGGAUUUUUCUAGAACAUGGUAUCCAUCAAAAAUUGUUGAAAUAGAUGAAACACAAAAAAUGGUUUUGAUCCAUUUUGAAGGUUGGAACCAGCGCUAUGAUGAAUGGGUGCCCAUGGACAGUGACAAACUCAGGCCAGUCACUCGCCACUCUGAAAGAAAAGACAAAGGUUCCAAGAAGCGGCGCAUCCAUCCCCACCCUGUGAGUGAAUCUACUUAUAUUUACAGAGCUGGUGAACAUGUGUUAGCCAAGUGGACAGAUUGUAAAAAGUAUCCUGCUAAAAUUAUUAGAAUGAUGGAAGAUGGCAGCUAUGAAGUCAAUUUUUUUGAUGGUGUGUCGUGCCUGGUACAAGCCAUGAACAUUCAGCCUUUACCAGAAGAAAUGAAAAAUAAAUCACCACCUUACAAGUCUCCUCCUUCACUGAAGCCAAAAAUAUCUUUCAAGAGUAUCAAAGUUUCAUUGCCAGAUAGUGUAAAAAAAAGGGUGGAGCAGCUUUCUGCAGAAAAAAAGAAGCACGAAUUUCAGGAUCUAGAAGUUACCAGAAAGAAAGCUGAGCAUCAAACCCCUCCUGAAAGUUGGAAAAAGACAGCUGAACUGAAAACACUAGACAGUGUGAACAAGAAUGUUGACCAGCCCACACACUCAGACAUUUUAAAGAAGAAAUUGGAGCAGCAGACAUCAGACUUAAAGAAUAAAAUUCAACAGGUUUCAGAGGAUUUGAAGAAAGCAAGUGAAGAAGUCAAGAUGUCUUCUUUGAAAAGAAAGCUGACACCCCCAAAAGUAUAUAUUAAAAGAGAACCAGAUAAAGGCAGUUUCUCCUGUCACAUCAGACUUUCUCCAUUGAAGGCUAAGAGGCUCAAAGAACUGAAAGAAACUAAGAGUGUUUCACUGACAUUACCACUGUCCACUGCUGAAGCCUCAACUUCUAAGUUAGAGAAUGAAGCUUCGUCAAAAGGAUUGGAGAUGACCAGCUCAGAGGUUCAGACAAAUGUUACCAGUAAUUUACAAGAUGAAGAUAUAAUAAACAAAUCCUUAGUUGGCAAUCUGAAAGAAUCAACUGUUAAUUCAUCUAUUCUUGUGGAAGAGACAGAAUUAAAAACACAACCUGUCUUAGUGGAUUUCAGUAUAAACUCAAGUCCCAAAGGAUUGUCUGGUCAUACAAGUCGCAAAAGAUCGCGAAAAAGAUCAUUCUUUAGCACCAAGAAAGAAAGAUUAAAAAACAGUAAAAGUUCCAAAGUAAAGGCCUGUGUCACAACAAAAUCUCCAUUUUUUAAAACUGCCAGAGCAAAAUCACUUGACAGUGGACUUCUUGAAGUGAUAUCGACAGGCCCAACAUUUUCAGCUGCACCAUUACCAACUGCAGCUGUGCAGAAGUUUGUACCAUCCAAAGCAUUUAUUGUUGAAGAAGAUCACAACCCAUUCAAAUGUCACUUUGAGGGCUGCACAAAGGCCUUCCGUAAAGAGACCCUGCUUACCUCUCACAUUAAGUACUACCAUACUGAUGCUGAAACCCCUACCUCCUCUACGGCAGCAUUGUCUCCACUUGUUCAGUCCCCCAUCCAUGCUCCAGGGUCCAGGAAGCGGAGGAAGAAGACAAACAGCAUAUGUUCUACAGACUCAGACAUAUCCAUUGGCUCAAGAGAGAAACUUUUGAUAAGCAAGCGCCAACGACACGACUCAGAGAUAUCCAUUACAACUGCCAGUCCAGACUUAAUCAACAAAGAUAUAUGGGGUGAUACUAAGAACCAACGUUUUCCUCAAGACCAGGAUGAGAGUGUUGUUGUGGAAUAUGAUGAAGAUUUUGACAAAGAUAUCGUCAACUGUAUAUGUGGCCAAAGGGAGACUAAUGGGUUGAUGAUUCAAUGUGACAUCUGUAUGUGUUGGCAACACUUUGCUUGUAUGGACACCAAUAAUACUGGUGAACCUCCUGCCAAUUAUGUUUGCUUUAUCUGUGAAAACCCACCAGGAGUACGAGACAGCUGUAAGUACCUGCAUGAUUUGAGUUGGGAAAAGAAAGGGGAGCUGCCGUCUUUCCCCUUUGUCUCAGAACCUCCCUCAGAAAACUUAAAGUCACUUGCCAUGGAAUGUCAUGAGUUAUCAUCAGUUCUGCACAAGUUAAAGUCUGCAUUACACUCUGCUCGAAGACAGAUUAAGAUUUCAAAAGAGGAAGAUGAGCAUGAAUUCCAACUUUGGCAGACAGACUGGGAUAACUGGACAAAACCUGAUGAAGAUUUGACACUGACACCCAGAUCAGUAGAUCCUGACCCUUCACCUACACCAUCGACAUUCCUUUUUUUGUCUGCUCCUUCUGGAACUUUGAGCCAGGUUUGUUCUGCAGCCACCAUUUCUACCAGUCCACCAACAUGUUCAGCAGCCACUUCAACAUCUGCCACAAUAGAAGUGACCACAGGCUUGCCCUCUCCUGCCAGCACACCACAGAGCAGCUUGCUUGACACUAGAAUUAAAAGGGACAGGAUCUCAUCUGGGGAGGACAUGUCUCCCCCUCCAUCAGGCUGCACAGCCAUCCCCCAAACUCCAUCAACCUCACGGGGUGGAAGUUUUCUUUCCUUCCAGGGCAAGGCGGACAGUUUGGUCCGAGAUUUGUUUCCAGGUCCUGGUGGUGAUGCUGAGAAAUUGACAUUUAAAGGAACUGGCAUUAGGACGCUUGAAGAAACUGAGGUUUCUACACAAAAGGAAAAGAGUUCAAUAAAUACUUUGGUUAACGGUGACAAAAAUUAUCCUGUCAAAGUGAAUGGUGACAGUCUUUGUACUUUGUCCAAUCAAACAAUCAGAGAGUUAUUACCAGAUUCCACUAUCACAGGGGCAUUAAGUUCGCCUGGCAGAGACUCACUUGUCACUAGCCAUGUUAACAAUGUGGAAGGAGAAAAACUUCUAAGUUUAACACUUACCAACUUGUCAAGUAAUGACCUGUGCAGAUCUGAUCACACAGUGAAUAACUCUGCUGAGCUGUCCUAUAAAUCUUCUACCACUUCUGCAAUGGACAAUGAUGAUCUGCUUGAAGGACACACAGUUAAACAGCUUAAUGAGUUGUUUGUUGAUGUUAAUGGUGUUCAGAGUCACUCCACAGUUUACACUGAUGAUCAGGACAAUGAUACGGACACAGCAGAAGAGUCAGUUGAUCCUUACAAGAACUGUGAACACAAUCUUUUAGUUCAUGUCAGCAAGGUACAAACCAAUGUAGAAAAACAUCUGGAAUUGAUUGAGCAACAAAUAGCUGAACUUGAAAACGCAGAGCACAAUAAUGUUACAGUUCAACUGAAUGAAGAAAACAUUUUAAAUGAUAUCCCAGCUCUCAAGAAAUCGUUGAGCAAGCUGGCACGUAAUCUUUACAAAGCUCAGCGACUGUGUCUUCACAAUUAAUUUAAGCUUAAAGUACUGGUCAUGUACAAAUGCUAAAUAUAGUGUUGAGUUUGUGGUUGUAAUGUAAAAAAAAAGACAAAAAGGGAAUUUUAGAAGUGGGUGACCAACAAAUAUAAGAAAUAAAAAAUAAAAAAAUUCCCAGUUGGUAUAUAAUAAUUUUAAACCUCAACAAACACAGAUCAUUACCCAUUAGUUACAUUUUAAAAUACCCAGCCAUCUAAGUAGUAAAACACCCACUUUUAAAAAGUAUCUGACCUACCCUUAUAUAUUGUGCCAUGCAUUGAUUGUGACAUUCAUUGAUUUGAAAAAAGCAGUGUCAUGUUAUUCCUUAAUGUCAAAUCUAGGCUUAUUGUUUUAUCUUGUGAAUAUUUCUGUACAAAGAAUUGCUUGAAUUGUUGUUUGUUGAGGUUGUUGUUUUUUUUGUGUGCAAAAAAUAAAUAAAUAAAAUGAGAUGUACCUACUUGAA